AAGUGGAACGUAGCCUGCUGCAAGCGUCAGCGGGAAAGGUUCCAGAAUCCAGCUGCGUCGAGGCCACAGCACCGACGGAAAGGGCCUGCUGCAAGCGCCAGCAGGAAGGUUCCGAAAAGUGAGGCUGCGACGAGGCAUCCCGAGACGAAGAGUGUUGCGCUUAAGCAAGUGCGACACCCCGACCAGAGGUGUUUUGAGAAGAAAAGUGUUGCGCUUAAGGGUAAGUGCGAAAUCCCGAUCAGACGUGUUUCUUGCUGCACGCGCAGAAGAGACCCGAGGAAGAAGUGUUCAGUAAGCUCAGCUGAAGUCCGCUGCGUCUGUCGUGUCGCCAAGAGCGCGAUCACGGCGGAGCAUCAACAUCCUGAGAAGAUGAACCCCGCCGGACAACCGAAGUCCGCGAAGAGCUUGGCCAACAAGCGACGCCAGCUCAAGUUGAAGAUCCUGCUACUCCAAGACCGACUUUCCACCCUCGAAGAAGACCAGCAAUUACCAUCCAUGCCGGAGUUCCGGGUGUUCGCGAAGAACAUCGAGCGAUUCUACGGUGAGUUAGAUCGAGUGCUGCGAGAAAUUGAGGAGUGCGACAGUUUCGCCGAUGAGCGAGACGCCCACGACUUGGAGUGUGCGGCGAUUGAGGGGCUACUCCAAGGAGUCAACAACAAGAUUGUAGCCCUCAGUCACACACUGCUGUCCCAGCCCAUCCAAGUCACUGAACAGCAACAAUUCCAGCCACUAGCAGUCUCGCAGCAGGUCGCCAUCCCAACUCCGCAUGGUGGAGGCGAGUGUACCGGUGACGGCGAUAUUCCAGAGAAAGCCGACCCAGCUGUAGCAGGCCUCAAGGUAUGUGCCCCAUUGCAACCCAUCUCGAGCCCAACCAUCGAAACCACAGAGCGUGGCGACCCGUUGUGCACGCGUUGCAACGGUUGCCACUUGAGUACCGACCUUGGUACCGACUGCUUUGCACCCAGUGAAGUACCGCUCGGACAGAGUCACGAGACGAACUCCAACCUGAAAGCCCUCCAAAGCAUGCCAGACAGAUCCCUCCAACUGGAGACACCCUCUCAAAUGCAUUACGAGAUGCAACGUCCCGCCGAACCUGAAGUGGUUCAACACGAAGCCUCGACAAGAGUUCGAGGUGACGUCGACGUGUCCGGCGAUUCGGACGUAACCCCUACGCAGCGGUCAGAAGAGCGGAUCCACGGUGACCUCGACGUUGGCUGGUGUCAGCCAGUGGAACUUGGUUCACUGCCUCCAGCCGACGCAGAACGAGAAGACGCCGAAUCCGAUGACCCGCAAGCUGUUGCAAGGCCGGAGACAGCUGGACUGAUCGACGAAGAUCCCGGUAACACCACGAAACAGGCAGUGACGAACGAGGAAGCUCGCUCACUGCAGCCAGCCGAAGCCGACGAAGUGAACGUUCCAAGCAGUGCACAGCCUGUUUGUAUAGCACCUGCCGUCCAAGAGGACGCAGCCACGAAGCCAAACCACAAGAGUGAGACGUACAGCUGCCAGCUGUUCAACGGCAACGUCGCACGAUCAACUGACCGUGUCCGUGCAGCCAGCAGGUUUGCGGAGAAGCUGCUGCAGUCCGUUGUCUUCACCAGCACCGUAAAGAAGCCCCGUUUGGUUUGGGAUCCGGGUAUGCAGCCGAUCUGUGCCUCCCACUCAACCACUCAACCAACCAAAGAUCACCACCAGAUGGCAGCAAGUUUAGGACGAAACAUGCGCAUCUGUUCCAAGAGCUUGAACCACCAACGAACUCCAGCGAGACCAGUGGCCGAUUAUCUCCUAGUGGGUUUGACUUUAGAAGCCGAGCCUUCAACCCGGGGGGAGAAUGUUCGGCAAACGCCGAAGUUUGACCAAGAAAUAGGCAGUUUCGAACCAGUGUGCGCAACCCCACCCCUGCACCACUGACAGAACGCCGCUGCCAACCUGACAGAACCAAAAACAACGGCGCGACGACGAGAGUUCGCGCGCAAACGAGCAAGAAGAAAACAAGUCGCAAAGAGGAACGCGAAGCGUGAAGAUCGACGUUGUAAAUAGUGAUCGGAAAUAGAGAAAGUUUUGAAGAGAAAGGUUAACUUUAACGUGUUUGACUUGUCCGAAAAGUGGUCUAAGAAUCUCCGGUGAGUGUUACAGUCCGCUCAAUCGAAACCGUCCACCUUGCCCAAAUAACGUUGCCUCUGGCCGCAACACAAAGCUUCCACUCAUACCGAUAAUCGAAAACGUCGCUCUUCGUCGGCACGAACUUGUAAAGUUUCCCACUCUCAAUUUUAUAAUCUAAAUGCUCAUCUGGACUAUUUUGAACUUUCCUAAACAACCCCGAGUACCAGUCAUCAACCAACUCCUCGACCUCGAUCAUUUCAACCGCUCUUGACAGUGCGUCGGGGAUUAUGUUGUCCCUCCCACGCCUGUGUCUAAUCUCGCAAUGCAAACCUUGAAGUUCUAUGCUCCACCUGCUUAAACGGGACGAAGUUUUCCACUUUCCAUUCUUGAUGUAAGUCAAUGCCGAAGCAUCAGUAAUGACUACAAAAAAUGAACCUUCUAUGUAAGGACGGAACUUCUCGAUCGCUGAAAGGACCGCUAAGCCCUCCUUCUCCGUCGCCGCAUAAGAUUGCUCGGCAGGAGUCAAUUUUCUCGAAAAAUAUGCUAUGAUUUUCUCCCCCUCUUCAUGUUGCUGCGUCAAAAUGGCGGCGAUCGCCGUAUCGCUGGCGUCUGACUGUAUUGUAAAUUGCAAAUAGAAAUCAGGAUUGCUCAGUACAGGUGCUGAAAUUAAACUUUCUUUGAUUUUAUUAAACGAUUCUUCGGCCUGAUCAUUCCAGACAAUAGAUUUGGGCUUUUUCCGUAAAAGAUUUGUAAGCGGAGCCGUUUUUUCACUAAAGUUAGAAAUAAAUCUUCUGUAGUAAUUUGCCAUGCCUAAAAAACGACGCAACGCACGAAUCGAUUGCGGUCUCUCAUAAUUCACAAUUGCAGAAAUUCGGUCUGGGUUGGUGUACGGAAUGAGCCUUCCCGGAUAGCCGAAUAAUUACAGUUUCACUGUUCUUUUCCAAAGUCAUUUAUUUUCUUCUCACCGGCCCUAGCAACUGCUCUUCUUUCUCUUUUCUUCCUACACCCAACUCUUCCUCACCUCUCUUCGUCGUGCCCGACCUGCUGCGUUCGUCGCCGCGUGGUUGUCUUGUGAGCCGGUUCCCUCCGGAUCACCUUCGGUUCAGCUGCCGCAGAAUGCCGGGUACGACCCGUCCUGGUUCUUCGGGAGUUCACCCGCAUGGCGGCGCGUGGUUUCAACGGCGGUUGCGGUCGGCGGCCAGCGGAACGUGGUUCUUGUUCGCCGGUGCACGUGGUUGGCCAGCGGGACGUGGUUCUGGUCCGGCGGUUGCGGUCGGCGGCCAGCGGAACGUGGUUCUUGUUCGCUGGUGCGAGUGUUGACCAGCGGCUUCCACUUUUCCUCGCAGGAUCACCAGCGCCGGUUCCUGACAGUGGCGCUGAGCUUCCGCGGCCUCCCGCCGCUCUGGUGUUCUCCUCCAACGGCGAUCUCUAGCAGCGCGAUCAAACCAAAAAAGAAGCCGCGUGGAAACUUUUCCGCGAUGGUUGUUUGCGCGACGCGACCUUCUGCACGAACAGGCAGGGAAGAACUGAUCGAGCGAAGACGUGGAAGAAAGUCACCCACCAGCAGGCCAUGAUCUUCGCUCUCUCUUUUCUCCUUAUUCACACUCACACUCGAACAGGCCGGAAGCAGUGUGAGUGUAGUGGUGUUAUCUGCUGCUUGACGUUUCGCCGGGGCGACUUUGAGGUUGAGGUAUUGUUCGUUUCAAUUAAAUCUUACAUAAUAUAGUGGUUUUACAGAUUUACAUAUUAUUUUAACUAUUUGACCAAAGCAAAAACUACAAACGUUACACAAUCCUUGACAAAGAGCAGAGUUUUUUGUGAGCUCAGAAGGAACUCACAAAAAACUCUCUAGAAUCGCUUCCCAGAACAGCCGGCCGGAGACCCUCCUCAACUUACAAUAAACUGAUACCCGCAAGCCCGAAGCUCACCAAAUCCAUGGCCAAUCUAAAACCAAAUCUAAACGACAGCAGAUCUGUCAAACACCAAAUAAUACGCCAUCUUGCAUGGCAAACACGUCUCCGGCUGACCUUCUUUUUCCUCCUGCUUACAUUCCCAACGCACUUAACAAAAAUUAAGAUGCAUAACUAGUUUAUCGCUCAAAAAACCAAAUGAUCUAACGUAUAACAAAAAUCUAAAACUUCUCACAAAUUUUUAACGUGAGUCUUUUUGUUGGGCGCCAGUGUACGGAAUGAGCCUUCCCGGAUAGCCGAAUAAUUACAGUUUCACUGUUCUUUUCCAAAGUCAUUUAUUUUCAUCUCACCGGCCCUGCUCUUCUUUCUCUUUUCUUCCUACACCCAACUCUUCCUCACCUCUCUUCGUCGUGCCCGACCUGCUGCGUUCGUCGCCGCGUGGUUGUCUUGUGAGCCGGUUCCCUCCGGAUCACCUUCGGUUCAGCUGCCGCAGAAUGCCGGGUACGACCCGUCCUGGUUAUUCGGGAGUUCACCCGCAUGGCGGCGCGUGGUUUCAACGGCGGUUGCGGUCGGCUGCCAGCGGAACGUGGUUCUUGUUCGCCGGUGCACGUGGUUGGCCAGCGGGACGUGGUUCUGGUCCGGCGGUUGCGGUCGGCGGCCAGCGGAACGUGGUUCUUGUUCGCCGGUGCGAGUGUUGACCAGCGGCUUCCACUUUUCCUCGCAGGAUCACCAGCGCCGGUUCCUGACGGUGGCGCCGAGCUUCCGCGGCCUCCCGCCGCUCUGGUGUUCUCCUCCAACGGCGAUCUCUUGCAGCGCGAUCAAACCAAAAAAGAAACCGCGUGGAAACUUUUCCGCGAUGGUUGUUUGCGCGACGCGACCUUCUGCACGAACAGGCAGGGAAGAACUCCUCGUGCGAAGACGUGGAAGAAAGUCACCCACCAGCAGGCCAUGAUCUUCGCUCUCUCUUUUCUCCUUAUUCACACUCACACUCGAACAGGCCGGAAGCAGUGUGAGUGUAGUGGUGUUAUCUGCUGCUUGACGUUUCACCGGGGCGACUUUGCACUGAAAAUACGCCACCCUUUUUUUCCAUGUGCCCAAACACUUGAAUUAUUCAAUAAGGCCGCAUCUUAGAUCUAAUUUGUUUGUGUUUCAAUUUCAAUCCAAUCCAUUAUUUAAUUCAAGUGUUUUGGCGGCUGACUUUUUUUGUAUUUUUCGACUCCUUAUUUUCAUUCGGGUAGCUCCAAAUUUUCAAGUGUUUUGCUCAUGAAUUUGCCCCACUGUGUUGAGCUAUUCAAAGUGAUGAGGAAAACACUUGAAAUUGAUCUUGUUUUGAUUUGAAAUGCAGUUUCGCGACAGCUUCGUGAGACUUUGCUUUGUUUCCUCAUUUGAAAGUUUUGGCAGUCCGGUGUGUUCGUUUUUCGCAGACCGCGUGAGUUCGCUGCCGCCAUGUUCCGUCCAGUGAAUUGCCUGCCCGGUUUGUGACCGCGAAGAUGCGCAUCGCCACAAGGCUGCGUCUUCGAGCUCGGGCUCCGUAUGGCCAGCGGAAGGGCUUGGUCUCCCGGACAGAAGCCAACUUUUGUGAUGAAGUUCCUUCCCGGACCCAAUUGGAAGGAUGCGAAAGAGCUGCGGAAACACAGUUUGAGUCGAUGGAACCACCGCGGUUCCGCAUCAGCAAGAAGAUUCUCCAGGGGCCAGCAUCUCCGCCGGCACCGGUGCUUUACUCGUCGACGCUGAGGAACCUCCCAGGAAGCAGUGAUGGCGAACAAAC